UUGUCGUUAGUGAAAGCACAGAUAGAUGAGUAGAACAUCUUUGGUAAAAGUAAUGGGAUGUGCAAAUGUUGGCUAUCUAUAGAAAACGGGUAUAGUUUGCUAGCUAACUAGUAUAGUAUUAGCUAGCUUGCAUAAAGAUAUCAACCUUUUUAGCUACGUUGUAAGCCCUCAGUGUAUAUUCUAGGCUUGGUCACUCCUAACGUUAGCAUCAAACUCUUUAGCUAGCUAACAGUAGCUUGUUUCAGUGGCUUCUUUUUCUUUGCAAACUAGCUAUGGAUAACAUUAUUGAUCCAGCAUCAGAACAAGAUCUCCAUCUGUUCUCCUUGCGUCUCCUGGUUCCACCUCUACGCCUGAUGUCUGCUUUCAUGUGGCAAGUGGCUCAAGAGCGUAAUGUGAUGCAGUAUGGGAAGCUGGAGGAGUUUGUGACUUUGGUGACAGAGAUGGUUCCAGAGCUGCUGAGUUCCAGGCAGAGGACCCAACUCAUCCUGGGACUGAGAGCAAGGCUGGUUUUAGAGUUGUGUCGCAGUAAGGACACAGCUGACCUGCUGACCAUCCAGGCCCACCUGGACAUAAUCAACACGUUGACAGAAAAGUCUUUACACAAAGAGAGUCAUGGUGAUGAAUUGGAGGCUGCAGAUUCUAACUUUGUGGAGCUAGUCCAAACCCUGCUGGAAGACCCUUCUGAUAGGGAGCAUUUUUUCCAGGAGGUGUUCCCAGUCCACUAUGGCCCUCGGUAUGACACAGCGCUGCAGACACUGAUGUGGGAGUUCCUUUCCAGACUGGAGGAGCUGCUGCCUGUACCAGACCUCGCGCAGACAACAGCAUGGCUCAGUGCUGCCCCCUCUGUCCUGGAGGGAUGUGGACAUACUGUCUUUGACCCUGAACAACUGAAGACAGUGCUGCAGCACCAUCAACGUCAUGGAAACCUGAACAAGUGUCAUGUCUCUAAAUACACUGCAGAUACCAUCCUGUCCACACUGUCCCUCCCUCCCAAAAUGAGAGUUGUUAUUAACUACGAGCCAGACAACUCUGACAAUGUGAGGCCAUACUCAGAUGAAGAUGAAUGCAUAGAUAAGGGGGUAGAGGUCUGUGAAUAUGAAGACCACAAUGAAAUCCUGGAUGAAGGCACUGAUAGAUGUUUGGAGGAUCUAGGACUGUCAACAUCAGAGGAACAGGAACAGGAGGGUCUGUCACCUGCAGAGACCUCAGUGUUGGUUACUCCAGUACCCUGUGAUGAAUUGGACUUGGAUCAUUCUCUCAACGUAAUGGUGAAUGCUGACAAGCCAUCCCAGGUUCUUACCUGGACUCUGCCUCCAUUAUCUCACAGUGAAAUGGCCAACCUCUGCAAGACCGACCAAGUAGAAAAGGACAGAAAGCAAGUUGACAAGAAAGAGGAGGUGGUCAGAAAGGGAGACAAAAAGAGGGUGAUCAAACGGGUUGGCAAGAAAACAAAGGUGGUCAGAAAGGGAGACAAGAAGAGGGUGAUCAAACAGGUUGACAAGAAAAAAAAGGUGGUCAGAAAGAGGGACAAAAAGAGGGUGAUCAAACAGGUUGACAAGAAAAAAGAUGGAUCCCCUGCACCCCAAAACAGGACUCAUACAUGUGAGUGUGGGAAGGUUUUCAAAAAACCAUCACUGCUGACGCUACAUAUGGGAGUUCACACGAUGCCAUAUCAUUGUGACCAGUGUCCCAAACGAUAUGCUACUCCUGGGGCUCUGAAAAAGCACCAGUUACUUCACACAGAAGAAAGACCAUUCGCAUGUGAACACUGUGACCGGAGGUACAGGAGUGCAUAUGAUCUCAAAGUGCACAUACGCAUUCAUUCUGGGGAGCGCCGUCACAUGUGUACUGUCUGUGGUAAGAGGUUUACCCAGCAGUGUGCACUAGUGAGACACACGCGAAUGCAUGCUGGGGAGAAGAAUUAUUUAUGUAGCAUAUGUGGUAAGGCAUUUCUUACCUCAGGAGAACUGCGGUUGCAUACACGAACGCACACAGGAGAAAACCCCCACACCUGUAAACAUUGUGGAAAGGGUUUCAAAGUAUCUUGCCAUCUUAUGGUUCAUCUGCGAUCUCACACAGGCGAGCGUCCUUACACCUGCACCCAAUGCCCCAAAUCUUUCACUACCUCAGACUCUCUUAGAACGCACAUAUAUACUCACACUGGGGAGAAACCUCACCGGUGCUCAGAGUGUGGGAAAACAUUUACCCAAAGGGGUAAUAUGGUAAAUCAUAUGAGAAGAGUUCAUAGACCUGUUAAGAUUCUCCAAAAGUACUCCCAACAGAAAGAAAGACAAAGUCUCGUUAAAAAAAAAAAAUUGAGACCAAAAUAAACUAUGUAGGAGUUAAUUCCAAUGUAAAUACCACACGGUCCCGUGGCUCAGUUGGUAGAGCAUGGCGCUUGCAACGCCAGGGUUGUGGGUUCAAUUCCCACGGGGGGACCAGGAUUCAAUUCCCACGGGGGGACCAGGAUGAAUAUGUAUGAGCUUUCCAAUUUGUAAGUCGCUCUGGAUAAGGGCGUCUGCUAAAUGACUAAAAUGUAAAUGCAGUAUACACAUGAUUUUACAGGUCCUCUUUUGUAUAUCAGAUUAUCAUACCAAAACAUGUUUUUCAAUAAACUUCUUCAGAUUUUUCAUGUCUACA